GUUUACACAACUUUAUUCCUUUCUAUCCAUUCGGUCCAUCCAUCUCACAUCAUCCGUACUUGACGAGACUUCUCUACACUAAACGCGUUAUUUUUCCUCUUUGAUUCUACUCCAUACUGGCCUCGAACCGCGCGAACUCGAGAGUCAUAGAUGCGGGCGGAUACUGCAGCUUGAAUCGUACGAUCAGUCACGAUACUGGGGAGAUAAAAUGAAAGACCAUUCACGCCCUCCAUACUGAAUCCAUUUCAUCCCAUUCGGGUUUCAAACGGAAAUAUCAAGGAGUUAGACUAUGGCUGAACUGGAGCCCCUUCUGGAUAUGUGCGAAGAUGUCGUACCUAGGACAAACUGAUGAUCGGGCCAUCAGGCAGUUGGCGUGUAAAUGUAGUGUACCAAGAGAACAAACGGUUCACGUCGCAAAAGGGGGUCCGGAAGACUGCCGUGGAGCCGGAGGCUCCGCAGUCGGCUCUUCGCGGAUGGGGCCCCGAUGGGUCCUCCGAAUGGUGACAAGACACUUUAUUCUUGUGCAGAGGAGCCGCUCGCCAGUGUCACUGUUGCCGCGGCGCCGCUUCGGUCGCCCAACCCCUCCUCACCCUGCCCCUUCGCCGACUCUCCUCGCAAGCAAGCAACACAUCAUCAUUUCAGACAGACAAAAACGGCCACAUCGCUGCGCCCUCCCAAAAAAUUUCUCUCCAUCAAAAAUAUCCUCUCUGCGUCAGGCGGAGAACCCGAAAAUGGUGCCAUAGAGUGAUGUUCGGGCGUCCGACAGAAACCACACUAUCGGUUUUCCUUUUUGUUUUUCUUCUAUACGACAGCGGAUACACAACACUACUGGCGACUGGCAAGACCUCUAGGUCUGGAGAUAAUCUCAUCACCGCCGUUGUGGCGAAUAGAUGGACCGCACCCGAAUAACAGGGCCCCUCACUCACACAAAAUCGUCGCUUCGGGUACCCUGACCAGACGGCAGGGUCCGGGACAAGCCGCAAAGUUUGAUGUUUUAUUUUCAUUGCCCAUGUGUUUUUCCUCCACCACGUGCUUCGUUUCGAAAGCUCGGGUGUGAAUCAUCAUUCCUAUUAUUCUUUCCCCUCCUCCUUUGACACUUCAUCUGUCGCCGGAGCUUACAUAUCACCAAGCGUCGUUAUCCCCGGGUUGCUCGGAGAGAAAGGCCGAAUCUACUGUCGUGUAACCCGACGUUACUGCAUCCGUUCCAGAUUGAUAAAGUGUGCCAGAUCUCGGAUCCAUCUCUAGUGUAUCGCGGCCACACUUCCGGAUCUA